AUGUCAGUUUUAAUCAAUGGCAACCCUACGACGGACUUUGAUGUUUAUAAAGGUCUUAGGCAAGGGGACCCGCUUUCACCUUUUUUGUUCCUUAUAGCGGCAAAAGGUUUGGCAGGGUUAAUGAGGAAUGUGGUGUCUCAUGACAAAUUCCAAGGAUUCAGGUUCAAUGAUUAUUUGCACAUCAAACUCCUUCAAUUUGUCGAUGAUAUGAUUUUGGUUUGUGAUGGUAAGUUAAAUAACUUAUGGACUAUUAAGGUUGUUUUGCAUGGUUUCGAACUUGCAUCGGGGCUUAUGAAUUUGAAUAAGAGUAAGUUUUAUGGGAUUAAUCUCCAAGCGAGUGUUCUGAGGGAUACUUCAAACUUUAUGGCGUGUGUUGUCGGUUUAGUUCCUAUUAAUUUCUUGGGCAUUCAAGUGGGAGCUAACCCUAGUAGGAAGGAAACUUGGGUUCAUUUAGUUGACAAGGUGAAUAAGAGACUAGCCAAGUAG